GCCGUUACACAUCCUGUUGUUGCUCUCGUUUCAUUGGUUUGUCUGAGGGACCAUCGCUUCCGCUAAUUAAUCUGUUUUAACCAAAUAAAACUAAUUAAGGUCAGGCGUCAUUUCUGAAAAUGACGGAGAUUGAGGAUGAGAGAAGCCCGCUAUUACAGACGGAGUCCCGCAGUGAAGACACAUUAGUUGAGACACUGCAGGAAAGUCGAAGCCGCUGGAGAUCAAUCCGGAUCAUGUAUAUCACCAUGUUCCUCAGUAGUAUAGGUUUCUCGAUUGUAAUAUCUUCAAUAUGGCCAUUUCUUCAAAAGGUGGAUAAAACUGCAGACACUAGUUUCCUUGGAUGGGUUAUUGCUACUUACAGUCUGGGGCAGAUGGUUGCUUCUCCAUUGUUUGGUGCAUGGUCGAAUUACAGACCAAGAAAGGAACCACUUAUUGUAUCAAUUUUUAUUAACGUUGCUGCAAAUGUACUUUAUGGCUAUGUACACACCUUUCCAUCGCAUAAUAAGUACUAUAUGCUGCUUAGUCGGGCAUUUAUUGGAUUUGGAGCAGGAAAUGUGGCUGUUGUACGAUCAUAUGUUGCUGGUGCAACUUCACUUCAGGAAAGGACCACUGCCAUGGCAAAUAUCAGUGCUAGUCAAGCACUGGGUUUUAUACUUGGGCCAGCUCUACAGGCUGCUUUGACAAGCAUUGGACAGACAGGAGUGUCUUGGCAUUUAAUUGACCUUGAGUUGAACAUGUAUACUGCCCCGGCAUUCCUUGGAGCUUUCCUGGGUGUGGCGAAUAUUGUACUUAUUGUUGCUUUAUUCAGGGAGCAUUGUGUUGUCGACUUAGAUAGAAUGAAAACUAUAAAUGGCAAUAUCCAAGGCAGUUCUGAGGUACUUGAAAAUUCCUAUGAUGGAAUUGAUCUGAUUGCAGUGGUGUCAUUGAACAGUCUGUUCUUCAUCAUCCUAUUUGUAUUUGCUAUCUUUGAAACGCUGAUGGCAAUCAAUUGUAUAUUAAAAAUAAAUAACCCAAUUGUUUUUCUAUCAUUUACAGAUAUUAAGAACACUUCCAAUUACAAUUCUACUGAACUAAAGUAUGAGUCAGUCUUAACACAACCUUCACUAUACCUUCGUGCUGAGAGAGUAGGUUGUCCUGUGCAGCAAGUGUGGUGUCAGCAUAUUCCCAGCAUCCAUCUGGUUCAGUACAUUCUUUCCGCUGUACUGAUUGGCGUGGGGUACCCAGUCUGUAAUGUUAUGACUUAUACAUUGUAUUCAAAGAUUCUUGGACCAAAGCCUCAGGGUGUUUAUAUGGGCUGGCUAACAGCCUCUGGAAGUGGAGCACGCACACUUGGACCUGUGUUCGUUAGUCAAGUUUACACUCAUUAUGGUCCUCGAUGGACAUUUGGCCCCAUUUGUGGGAUUGUGAUGGCAGCUAUAAUACUUAUGGGUCUGAUAUACAAGAGACUCUCACGAUUCUCAAUCCAGUAUCAGAGACUGCAGUAAAGAUGGGCCAAAGAGAAUAACCAUUUUGUAUCCAGCCUUGGAAAAAAAGCACACUGAUGAAACCUAACUGAUUGCACUUUACAUUUUAUAUGGGCUGCUUCAAAUAAGUGGUAGGGGAAAAACUGCAAGUGUUAUUUUCUGCUUUGUAUCUUGUUGUAAUUUACUUGAUUUUAUUUAAUAUACAACUUAUCUAAUGGAUUAACAACUUUUACAGUAAAAUUGAUGCACUGAUAGUGAGAUUUUGUGAUAGCACUAAAAUUCUUUAUUUAAAGUUAAGUCUGAAAUUAUGAAUAAAGUAUUAUGAACCAUUUGAUAUUGUAUGAAAUAGAUUAAUAUAAGAUUCUUAAAGAA